GAACUCACUAAGGCGAGCAGGCGGGACUGCUCGGCAUUGUGGCAGGCGGCUGGGGCCGGGGAAGGCGCCAGAGCCGCGGGUGGCAGCGAGGCGUGGAGAGACGCGCACUGGGGCUCGGAUCGCGCGGCGCUAGCCGCUGCAAGCGCCGCUGAGCGCACUCACCUUCGGCCGCGCAACUUCGGAGCCAGGGCGCAGGAGACCGGGGAGCGCUCGGAACCCCGGAGCCGGAGCAGCGCAGAGAGGGGCGCUCCGGAGCCUGGCUCGAGAGCCGGCGCCGGACACCCAUCGCGCUCCGAGCGCCGGGCGGCUCUGAGCGCAGCGUGGCUGCCGCUGCCCCCACGGAGGGCACGGGCUGGCGCGGCCGGGCGCCGGGGAGGACGGCGAGGAGGAGGCGGCGGCGGCGGAGACGGCGGCGGCGAGGCUGGGGCCAGGGAGAGAGCCCCGGGGGAGAGGCGCCGGAGCCGGGCGGUGGGAGCAUGUGGGCCCGGAGCGGAGCGCGGGGCGCGCUGCUGCUGGCGCUGCUGCUCUGCUGGCACCCGACGCUGAGCCAAGCAGGUGCUGAUUCUGGCAGCGAGGUGCUCCCAGAGUCCUUCCCGUCGGUGCCGGCCGAGCCACUGCCCCACUUCCUUCAGGAGCCACAGGAUGCCUACAUUGUGAAGAACAAGCCCGUGGAGCUGCGCUGCCGCGCCUUCCCAGCCACACAGAUCUACUUCAAGUGCAAUGGCGAGUGGGUCAGCCAGAACGACCACGUCAUGCAGGAAGGCCUGGAUGAGGCCACUGGCCUGCGGGUGCAAGAGGUGCAGAUCGAGGUGUCACGGCAGCAGGUGGAGGAGCUGUUUGGGCUGGAGGAUUACUGGUGCCAGUGCGUGGCCUGGAGCUCUGCAGGCACCACCAAGAGUCGCCGGGCCUACGUCCGCAUUGCCUACCUGCGGAAGAACUUCGAUCAGGAGCCUCUGGGCAAGGAGGUGCCCCUGGACCACGAGGUUCUCCUGCAAUGCCGCCCUCCAGAAGGGGUGCCUGUGGCUGAGGUGGAAUGGCUCAAGAACGAGGACAUCAUCGACCCCACCCAGGACACCAACUUCCUGCUCACCAUUGACCACAACCUCAUCAUCCGCCAGGCUCGCCUGUCAGAUACAGCUAACUACACCUGUGUGGCCAAGAACAUCGUGGCCAAGCGCCGGAGCACCACCGCCACUGUCAUUGUCUAUGUGAAUGGCGGGUGGUCCAGCUGGGCGGAGUGGUCACCCUGCUCCAAUCGCUGUGGUCGCGGCUGGCAGAAGCGCACGCGGACCUGCACCAACCCCGCCCCACUCAAUGGAGGAGCCUUCUGCGAGGGCCAGGGCUUCCAGAAGACCGCCUGCACCACAGUGUGCCCAGUUGACGGGGCGUGGACCGAAUGGAGCAAGUGGUCGGCCUGCAGCACCGAGUGUGCCCACUGGCGCAGCCGUGAGUGCAUGGCGCCCCCGCCCCAGAACGGAGGCCGCGACUGUAGCGGGACGCUGCUGGACUCCAAGAACUGCACUGACGGGCUGUGCAUGCAAAAUAAGAAAACUCUAAGCGACCCCAAAAGCCACCUCCUAGAGGCCUCAGGGGAUGUGGCGCUGUACGCGGGCCUCGUGGUGUCCAUCUUCGUGGUCGUGGUGGUCCUCAUGGUGGUGGGGGUAGUGGUGUACCGCCGAAGCUGCCGCGACUUCGACACCGACAUCACCGACUCAUCUGCCGCCCUUACUGGCGGUUUCCACCCAGUCAACUUCAAGACUGCGAGGCCCAACAAUCCGCAGCUUCUUCACCCAUCUGUGCCCCCCGACUUGACAGCCAGUGCCGGCAUCUACCGCGGGCCUGUGUACGCCCUGCAGGACUCAGCCGACAAGAUCCCCAUGACCAACUCACCCCUGCUGGACCCCCUGCCCAGCCUCAAGAUCAAGGUCUACAGCUCUGGCACCACUGGCUCUGGGCCAGGCCUGUCAGACGGGGCCGAUCUGCUGGGGGUCCUGCCACCCGGCACUUACCCUGGAGAUUUCAGCCGAGACGCUCACUUCCUGCACCUGCACAGCGCCAGCCUUGGCUCCCAGCAGCUCCUGGGCCUGCCCCGCGACCCGGGUAGCAGCGUCAGCGGCACCUUUGGCUGCCUGGGUGGGAGGCUCAGCAUCCCCGGCACAGGGGUCAGCCUGCUGGUGCCCAAUGGAGCCAUUCCCCAGGGCAAGUUCUACGAGAUGUACCUACUGAUCAACAAGGCAGAAAACACCCUCCCGCUUUCAGAAGAGACGCAGACAGUAUUGAGCCCCGCGGUGACCUGCGGGCCCACCGGCCUGCUGCUGUGCCGCCCAGUCAUCCUCACAGUGCCCCACUGUGCUGAAGUCAGUGCCGGCGACUGGAUCUUCCAGCUUAAGACCCAGGCCCACCAGGGCCACUGGGAGGAGGUAGUAACCCUGGACGAGGAGACCCUGAACACCCCCUGCUACUGCCAGCUGGAGGCCAGGUCCUGCCACAUCCUGUUGGACCAGCUGGGCACCUAUGUGUUCACGGGCGAGUCCUGUUCCCGCUCGGCUGUCAAGAGACUCCAGCUGGCCAUCUUCGCCCCUGCCCUCUGCACCUCCCUCGAGUACAGUCUCAGGGUCUACUGCCUGGAGGACACGCCUGUAGCGCUGAAGGAGGUGCUGGAGCUGGAGCGGACGCUGGGCGGAUACCUGGUGGAAGAGCCCAAACCCCUGCUGUUUAAGGACAGUUACCACAACCUGCGCCUCUCCCUCCAUGACAUCCCCCAUGACCACUGGAGGAGCAAGCUGCUGGCCAAGUACCAGGAGAUCCCUUUCUAUCAUAUCUGGAGUAGCGGCCAGAAGGCCCUGCACUGCACCUUCACCCUGGAGCGGCUCAGCCUGGCCUCCACGGAGCUCACCUGUAAGAUCUGCGUGCGCCAGGUGGAGGGGGAGGGCCAGAUAUUCCAGCUGCACACCACGCUGGCAGAGACAGCUGCUGGCUCUCUGGACGCCCUCUGCUCUGCCCCCAGCGGUGCCGCCACCACCCAGGUGGGGCCCUACGCCUUCAAGAUCCCACUCUCCAUCCGCCAGAAGAUAUGCAACAGCCUCGACGCCCCCAACUCACGGGGCAGCGACUGGCGGCUAUUGGCCCAGAAGCUUUCCAUGGAUCGGUACCUGAACUACUUUGCCACCAAAGCAAGCCCUACGGGCGUGAUCCUGGACCUCUGGGAAGCUCUGCAGCAGGACGAUGGGGACCUCAAUAGCCUGGCGAGUGCCUUGGAGGAGAUGGGCAAGAGUGAGAUGCUGGUGGCCAUGGCCACCGACGGGGACUGCUGAGCCGCCCCUGGACGUGGGCUGGUGGGACCAGCAGGAGGCGAGUGCAGGGAGGCCCGGGGCAGCCUCCCUGUGGGGGCAUUCAGCCUCUGCUGCCCCCAGCUCCCAGCCGGAGCAGCUCCUCUCCUCUUCCCCUUGCCCCAGCCCCUGACCACAACUAGCCUUAGAAAAUCCAUGUACUCUGUUGUCUGAGGACCCAGGUUCCUUCUCAUCCCCAGCUGGCUCCCUUUGGCCUCAGCCCUGCAUGCAGGGACAGGGGAUGGGACGGAGGCCUCUGGUGGCAGGGAGGGAGGGAAAGGUCAUCCUUCUACCCCUGGCCUCCACCCUGGGACUUCUGGGCACAGGUUUUCAUUUCACUCUAUUUUCUUCCUCGGUUGCUAAUUUCCCCCUCCUCCCUGAGCGCCCUUCUCCUGUCACACCAUUUUAGUCUUUCGAGAGUCGAGUACAAUUCAGACGAAUGGCUUUCUCCUGUCCAAAAGGAAAAAAAGAAAGCAAGCUUCAGACUGCUAGUAAGGCUCAAAGAAGAAGAAAAACACCAAACCACAAGGGAAAAGAAAAACCCAGUUUCUUAGGAAACGCAAAUGAUUUAUUAUCCAGAUAUUGGAUAAGUCCUUUUUAAGAAAAAAGCAAAUGAAAAACAACACA